CAAAACCCUUGGCUGCAGCCGCGAAACUCCCUGCACCUGACCGCGCGAGAUAUCACGCCGCCGCCGCCGCCGCCGCCGUCGACGCCGUCGCCGCCUACGCUAUGGCGGCCGCGGCACUGCUGCUCCGCGGCCUCCGAUCGGGGGCGCGCUGGGUGCAUCCCGCCUUCGUACCCUCCGCUUCGCCCCGAACCCCCUACGUGUCGCCUCUCCUCCGCCGCCUCUACUCGUCCGCCGCCGCGUCGGCAGCUGCCUCGCCGUCCUUGGGCCCCGGAGGCGCCCUGGACCCGUCCCGCAUCCGGAACGUGGCGGUUAUAGCCCACGUCGACCAUGGGAAGACGACGCUGAUGGACCGGCUCCUGCGGCAGUGCGGCGCCGACAUCCCACAUGAGCGCGCCAUGGACUCCAUCAGCCUCGAGCGCGAGCGCGGCAUCACCAUUGCCUCCAAGGUCACUUCUGUCUCUUGGAAGGAAAAUGAACUCAAUAUGGUUGAUACCCCUGGUCACGCUGAUUUUGGUGGUGAAGUCGAGAGAGUUGUUGGAAUGGUUGAAGGGGCUGUCUUGGUUGUUGAUGCUGGGGAGGGACCUUUAGCACAGACAAAGUUUGUGCUUUCAAAGGCUUUGAAGUAUGGCUUGCGCCCAAUUCUCCUUCUCAAUAAGGUCGAUAGGCCUUCAGUUUCGGAAGAGACCUGCGAUGAAGUAGAGAGCUUGGUGUUUGAUCUUUUUGCAAAUCUUGGUGCUACUGAAGAGCAGUUAGACUUUCCAGUUCUUUAUGCAUCAGCUAAAGAAGGCUGGGCUUCUCCAACAUUCACCAAGAGCCCUCCUGAUAAUGCAAAAAAUAUGUCUGCAUUGCUUGAUUCCAUUUUACAGCAUGUGCCUUCCCCAAAAGCUGACCUUGAGGCUCCAUUCCAAAUGUUGGUUUCCAUGAUGGAACGUGAUUUUUAUCUAGGACGAAUACUGACUGGACGAGUAAGAUCUGGAGUUGUCCGUGUAGGUGACAAAGUGCAUGGUCUUCGCAGCACUGAUGAUGGUGUGCAGAAGAUUGAAGAUGGAAAGGUUGUCAAACUCAUGAAAAAGAAAGGAACAAGCAUGGUAACAGUAGACGCUGCAGGAGCUGGUGAUAUAAUUUCAAUGGCUGGAUUAGCCGCUCCAGCAAUUGGGCAUACUGUGGCAAAUUCAGAUAUCUUGACUGCCCUUCCUACAAUUGAGCUGGACCCUCCCACGAUAUCUAUGACUUUUGGUGUGAAUGAUUCACCACUGGCUGGUCGCGAUGGCACUCAUCUAACUGGAGCAAAAAUAGGCACCCGUCUAAUGGCAGAAGCGGAAACGAACCUGGCAAUUAAUGUUCUUCCUGGACCAUUAUCAGAAUCUUAUGAAGUUCAAGGAAGGGGAGAACUUCAGUUAGGAAUCUUAAUUGAGAAUAUGCGGCGUGAAGGAUUUGAACUUUCAGUUUCACCCCCAAGAGUGAUGUAUAAAACAGACCGUGGAGAAAGGUUAGAGCCUAUUGAAGAAGUAACUGUCGAGGUAGACGAAGAGCAUGUUGGAUUUGUCAUGGAAACCCUGACACACAGGAAGGGUGAAGUAAUGGACAUGGGCCCUGUACCAGGGACAACUGGAAGAACUCGAAUCUUUUUGACCUGCCCAUCUAGGGGUUUGGUGGGAUUUAAAGGAAUCUUCAGCAGCUUUACACGUGGAACUGGAUUUAUGCACCGCGCUUUCCAGUCAUAUGCUAAAUACAGAGGUCAGCUAGGCAAUGUUAGAAAAGGAGUUCUGGUAUCUGUUGGCAAGGGACUUAUCACUUCGCAUGCGCUUAUGAGUUUAGAAGCUCGUGGGAUUUUGUUUGUCUCUCCUGGGAUGGAGGCAUACGAAGGCAUGAUAGUUGGCGAGCACUCACGUGACAGUGAUCUUGAUAUCAAUCCUGUGAGAACUAAAGAGCUCACAAAUAUUCGAGCUCCAGGGAAGGAUGAAAAUGUCAGGCUUUCUCCUCCACGAUUGAUGAGUUUGGAAGAGGCAAUUGGAUAUGUUGCUGCAGAUGAGCUUAUUGAGGUUACUCCGAAGGUCAUACGGCUUCGGAAGAAAUAUCUGGAUGCCACGAAACGGAAGAUGAUGAAAAACAAACCAAUGGAUUGAAGCUCCAGUGAGAGUCUAUAAUCCAAAAGGUGCAAAAGCAUCCUAUUUAUGUAUAGGUUGGCGAACAAUAUUUUGGAGUGCUGGCAUCAUUGCUCACCAUGGCCCAGCAUGCAUAUUUCGUUCAGCAGUGGAUAAUGAUUCAUGGUAUACGAAGAACGAAUAAGCCCGUGAUUGGGGCUACUGCCAGAACAGAACAGUGUGGUGGGUUGGUAACAUGGAUUACCUCUUGAAGGCGAUUAUACCCUUCCAUAGCAUUUUUGCAGUGAACGUUGAAACGGCCAUAGAUGUUUGCCCUUGAAGGUCAUAGUAUUAUUUUGUAGUAGUUGGGUGCUAAAAAAGGACAGGUAUAGCCUCUUUUUAGCUGGUUGCUUUUUGUUCACAUUUGUACGAGCAUGUGUUACUGACAAAUGACAGCAAAUAAUUUAAAACGCUAAGAUAUUGCAUGA